AUGCCGGCACCACACGUCAUCGAUCCGACCCAGUUGGACCUCAGCACCGAAGAGCUCACUCUUCUGCGGCAAGGCCAGUCUGCUCUAGCUGGCUCGUCAUCAUCCCGCGCUGCCAGUCGGGCAUCGUCUCAAGGCCGCAUGCUGCUCGACAGCAACUCGCUAGCGGCACUGGACGUCUAUUUUGAGCGUGUCAUGAACCACAUCCAGCAGCAACUGCAAUACCUUACGGACCAGACACAGGCUGCGACGAUGGCAGUUUACGACCAAUCGAAUCAGAUGAUUGUCGAUGCCGAUGCUGAGAUUGCCCGUUUCACAAUGAUUAAUGAGCAAAUAGACGAGCUCGAGCUCGACUUUGAUCGCAUUGCACACAUUCGAGAGAUCGUUCACGACUUUCGCCAGCGCAUUGAGGAUAUAGAGCACGAGCUAGAGCACUCGCAGCCGUCUUCUUCUUCCCGUCACCGUGAUGGGCGUCGAUCUGAAGGCCAUUCUAGUCGACACCACCGGCGUUGA